AUGUCAGCAUUUGUAAAAGACAAUACGAGUAAAACUACAAUUUAUGUUGGUGGUUUAGAUGAUCAAGUUAACGAGGAAAUACUUCAUGCAGCUUUUAUACCAUUUGAUAAUCAACAUCGUGGAUUUGGAUUUGUAGAAUUUGAGGAAGCAGAUGAUGCACAAGCUGCCAUUGAUAAUAUGAACCUUUCGGAACUUUAUGGUAAAGUGAUUAAAGUUAAUUUGGCUAGACCAAUGAAAAUCAGAGAAGGAAUUUGGUCUGAAGAUGCAUGGCUGCAAAGAUAUGCACUAAAAUCAACUGAUCCAAAUGUACCAUAUGGAUCAGAUGAAGAAGAUACUCAUUCCAAUGAUGGUGAUAAUGGUUUAGGAUCACAAGAUCAGUUGAAAAGUGGCAAAUCUAAUAUUUAG